UUUACAGUCACUGUUGCAGAUGUAACCCAGGUGCUAAAUGAGCAGUUAUUUCAUACUUAUAUUUUUAUAUAUAUAUUUAUGUUUGUAUUUAUAAACUCAUUUCAAGCUCAUUCAGACCCCGUCAGUGUGACGUCAUGUGACUAGCGUUCAGCCAAUCAGCUGAGCCGCUCCGCUAUUUACAGGCAGCAGACGCUCUCAUUGUGGAUGAAUGGGAGCUGAUGCACGGAGCGGAGCGGCUGCAGGUUAGUAAACGGUUGCUGGCGUUUUCACAAUAAAGUGUCAUAUGACGGUUAACAGCCACUUUGUUGCCAACUGCAGAUUGUCCACUGGCUGUCGGGAGGUUGUCGAAGUCUGAAACCUGUGAAUACUUGAUUGUCGAUGUCAGAAACCUGUUGAAUACUUGACUGCCUGAAUUGGUGAGUUGUGUUUUAAGUUUAGUCAUUUAGUUUUUUUUCCAAAUGACUGAAUGAACUUUAACACUUCCAGUAAGGCAUGUUUUGUUUUGUUUGUUUAAUUACCGGGUCUUUUGUUAAAAUGUUUGUUUUAUGUUGACGCAGCGUGUCAAUCAGCGAUUGGUAACAGCUGAUGCUGCGGUGAGGAACGCACAUUCAGUGCGCAAGUACUGUUUAGUUUAAAUGCUUGAACUAUUUAAUCAGUACAUUUAUGGAUGAUAAGAUGACCAGCAAAUAAUUAUUUUCUGUGUUAAUGAUAACCUGUAAUAAGAGCUCUGGCCUUAUGUUUGACCAGGCCAGGUUUUGUGAUCCCGGAUGGUGAGCUAUUCCAGAAUCCAGUGAUCAGGAGUCCACGUGGAGGAACCAGGAAUCAUACUCAACAGUAAUUAUGUGUCUGCCACAGCGGUAGGCCACUGCAGCAAAACUCCCCCCCCAUUCAUCUCUUCUGCCCCAUUCACUCAACCAAACGCUUGGACCCAGCACCCAGAUUGACUAAUUGACUGACUGACUGACUUUGACCGGUGCUGAGGACCAGAACUCUGAGGAGCCAGAACUGUGAAGAAAAGUGAACUUUAAUUUUGAGUGGGGAACCCACAUUAAUUUGUUUACGUUUUGGUGGGUUGUUUUGUUGUUUUUGGGAUGGUUUUGAGUUGAUGUAUUUUCUUUUAUUCCACACAUUGAGUAAACAGUGUGGAACAGAAUUGAAACUAAUGGUGCACCUGACAUAAGCUAACUAAGCUGAAGUCAUUGUUAUAUUUUUUUCGUUAAUUUGAAUUUCAAUUACUUGAAGAAAGUUUAUUUUUUACAUGGCCAUAUUUAUUUUUCAACGUUUGAGUAAUUUAAUUUGUGUUUUUCUAAUACAAGGUACCUAAACUGAAGCCAUCUGCCUCUGUGUCAUUCAUUGUGCAUCAUACGUGUUCUCCUCGGCUGAAUCUAGUCUUCUGAGGUUACUAGCCUACCUCUAGCUAUUUGCUACAUUUUUAUUUCAUUAGUUACAGCCAAAUAUAUGCUACACAAUUCUGGUGAGCUAGCCAGGAGAACCAGUUAUGAUGUGCAAUGAUCAAGAUACCAUCACAAUACAGUUAUGAAUAAGCACUAAGUUUAUUCAGUCAGAACACUAUCAAAAGAUGGAGGUAUUUGACAGCCUUGGUAUUAAAAUUCCUAAUGCUGUGUUGGUCAGUGGAAACACUAAGGAUCUAUCUGACGUAGAAGAGGUCAUAGAUUUUCUCAAACAAUAUGGGAUUAUUGGUAGAGCAACAGUAGUGGAUGCAAUAGAGUCCGACUUUCACGAAAACUGGGUUGUAGAAUACAGUUCAGGAACUGCUGUUGUAACCUUAGAGUCCCUACUACCAUACACAUUUGUCACUAAAGAUGGGAAAAAUACUUAUCAGAUCAGAGACCUGUCGAGUAUGUAUGCUGAGAGGGAAGGAGACAAAAAGACUCAAGCAUAUCUUGAAGACCUGAAGCAACUAGCUAAAGUCAGUGGCAUGAACUAUGCUGAAGUUCUUAAAGGCAUGAUGUCUCACAUCAGUAAAUCCAUCACUGCUCUUGAACCUGCCAUUACAGCUGAAGAGGAGGAGGAGGAGGAGGAAGAGGAGGAGGGCGGCGCCCCAGAGAUAAAAUCUCCACCCCAGUCACCCUGGAAAAUCUCUCCUGGAAGUGCAGCCCAUCCAGUCUUCAAGCCCUUGCCCAGAGCUCAAAGUGCUGGGAUAAAAUCUAACACUAUCGCUGCUGAUGACGUCAAUCCACCCGAAGUCCAACGGCCAGGUUUUGUGAUCCCGGAUGGUGAGCUAUUCCAGAAUCCAGUGAUCAGGAGUCCACGUGGAGGAACCAGGAAUCAUACUCAACAGUAAUUAUGUGUCUGCCACAGCGGUAGGCCACUGCAGCAAAACUCCCCCCCCAUUCAUCUCUUCUGCCCCAUUCACUCAACCAAACGCUUGGACCCAGCACCCAGAUUGACUAAUUGACUGACUGACUGACUUUGACCGGUGCUGAGGACCAGAACUCUGAGGAGCCAGAACUGUGAAGAAAAGUGAACUUUAAUUUUGAGUGGGGAACCCACAUUAAUUUGUUUACGUUUUGGUGGGUUGUUUUGUUGUUUUUGGGAUGGUUUUGAGUUGAUGUAUUUUCUUUUAUUCCACACAUUGAGUAAACAGUGUGGAACAGAAUUGAAACUAAUGGUGCACCUGACAUAAGCUAACUAAGCUGAAGUCAUUGUUAUAUUUUUUUCGUUAAUUUGAAUUUCAAUUACUUGAAGAAAGUUUAUUUUUUACAUGGCCAUAUUUAUUUUUCAACGUUUGAGUAAUUUAAUUUGUGUUUUUCUAAUACAAGGUACCUAAACUGAAGCCAUCUGCCUCUGUGUCAUUCAUUGUGCAUCAUACGUGUUCUCCUCGGCUGAAUCUAGUCUUCUGAGGUUACUAGCCUACCUCUAGCUAUUUGCUACAUUUUUAUUUCAUUAGUUACAGCCAAA